CCGUGUGUGUGUGUGGGGGGAAAAUAAACAAUGGAUUCCGGAAGUCACAUUUCACUCCAAUAUUGGAGUUAAUAAGGGCGUCAUGAGCUGGCGUGCGGCUGGUGUCCCGACUGUGACCAGGGGUGGGCCAGCCCUGCAGCAGCAGCCUUGAGCCUCGGAUCCUUCCGGAACCCGGAGCCGGCCAGGGACGCCAGAAGCUUCCGGCCAUCGGGAUGUUCGCCAAGCUGAAGAAGAAGAUCGCGGAGGAGGCGGCCACCGUGCCUCGGACCGGGGGCCGGCUCCCUCGGACCGUCAGCAAGGAGUCCAUCACGUCCGCGGGCGCAGACUCCGGGGACGACUUCGCUUCCGAUGGGAGCAGCUCCAGAGAUGAUCUCUCCUCGCAGCUCCUCAGGAGGAACGACCAGAUCAGAAAGCUGGAGGCCAAAUUGUCAGACUACGCUGAACAGCUUCGGCUUUUGCAGAAGACGAAGGAGAAGCUCGAAAUUGCGUUAGAAAAACAUCAGGAUUCUUCCAUGAGGAAACUGCAGGAGCAGAACGAGGCCUACCAGACCAGCCGAGCGAAGAUGGCCGAAGGCAUGACCUUGGCUCUGGAGAAGAAGGAUCAGGUAACGGCUCUAACUCUCCGGGCCCAUCCUCAGGAGAAGGCCACCCUGACGUCGCGUCUGGACGACAUGAUGGAGCAGAGCCUGAACCUCUUCAAGAAGAGAGACGACAUCGACGAGCUGGAGGGCUUUCAGCAGCAGGAGCUGGCCAAGGUGAAACACAUGCUGCUGAGAAAGGAGGAAGCCCUCAGUCAGAGAGAACGGGAGCUGGAGAGACACGGCCAGGAGCUGCGGAAGGCGAGAGAGGAGCUGGGCCAGGCGAGGGCGAGGAGGGAGACCCUGGAGGAAGAGCAGCGGCAGUGCCGGAGCCACAACGCGCAGCUCCGAGCCGAGAGGGAGGAGCUGCUCGGGGUGAAGCAGGAAGCGGAGAAGAAGAUCACCGAGCUGGAGAAGAGAGGGCAGGAGUUACAGACGGUCAUUCAGCAUGUUUCUGAGGAUUUCCAAAAGGCUCAGAGCAUGGCCAGCUUGCUGGAGAAGACUCUAGCUACCCUGCAGGCUGAGCACGAGUCUCUGAAACUGCAGCACGAGCAGCACAAACUAAAGGCGAUGGUGGCUGCAGAGGAGAAGGACAAACUGAUCGUCCAUCUGCAGGAGAAAGUGUCCGCUCUGGAGAGGAGGUUUGAAGAGAAUUUUUCUGAGGAUGAACACGUACAGGAACUUCUUAAAGAGAAAUCAGCCCUGAGACAGAAGGUGGAAGAAACCAGGGCACAGCUGCUGAAGACCCGAACGGAUCACAGCGACACGGUCAGCCUGCUGGAGACCCAGAUAGCCAAGCUCAACAGCAAGGUCGCGGAAGUCCAGACAUUGCUGCAACACAAAGACGAAUCGGCGAGGUUGUUGCAAGACAGGAGCAAAGCUCAGGUCAGCGAGCUGGAGCAGCAAAUACAAGAUUGCAGUGAAAGGUUAAAGAAAAGCGAACAGCAGACAGCUGACAAAGAAGCACACAUCCAAAAGCUGCGUGCCGAGCACGAGGCCGAGAGCAGCCGGCUGCAGCAGCAGAUCUCAGCGGGGCGCCAGCAGAGCGCCGAGAAAGUCAGCCGACUGGAGGCCCAGGUCGGCGCCCUGGAGGUGGCCCGGGAGAUCGACAGAACAGCCGCCCAGCACAAGAUGAGUCAGCUGGAGCAGGAGAACGAGAGUCUGAAAGCCAGCAGAUUGGAGAUGGAAAACACUGUGAGGAGACGAGAGGAGGAGCUGGAGGGUGCAAAGGCCGAGCUGAGCAGCCGACAGACGGUGAGCGUGGAGAUCGCGAAGGCGCUGGAAGAAACCAGGAAACAAAAAGAAGAGCUGCAGGAACAGGUGCUGGAGUUCACUGCAGCUUUGAACGCCAAGGAGCAGUCCCUCCUGGAGAAGACAGAGGAGCUCGGCAAACAAGGGGAGGAAAUGACAGCCCUCCGAGAGGAGCUGCACGCCGCGCAGACCAGACUGGCAGAGCUGCAGGCCGAGAUGGAGAAGCAGCAGGGCUCUGCGGCAGACAGAGAGAGAGACGCCGGGACGCAGCUCAGCAGCCUCAGACAGGAGGUGUUGACUCAGACACAGCAGCUGGAGGCGUGCCAAUCACAGGUGGCAGAUCUCGAAGAGGAGGUGCAGACCCUCCACGGACGGUUGCGUGCCCAGGUGGAUUGUGGGAAGGAGCAAAAUGGAGCCGUGACGGCAGACGACGUGGCGCACGUUCAGAAGAUGAACAGAGAGCUGGAGCAGCAGUUGGCUGAGAAAAAUAAGAUGAUAAAGCAGCUGCAGCAGAGGAUGAGUGAGCUGAAGAGGACCCUGCAGAAGGAGCUGAGGCUGAAGCCGGACGCGGAGGGGGCCGAAGGGAGGGAGAGGCCGUGCGCCGAGGCCCCGGCGGCCAGCGCCACCGUCACCAAUAACUCGGACCUCAACGACUCGCGGGAGAUCAACUUCGAGUACCUCAAGCACGUCGUGCUGAAGUUCAUGUCUUCCAGCGAUGCGGAGGCGUACCAGCUGAUAAAGGCCGUAUCUGUGCUGCUGAAUUUCACGCGGGAGGAGGAGAACAUGCUGAAGGAGACUCUGGAGUACAAGAUGUCGUGGUUUGGAUCGAAACCCGCGCCCAAGGGCAUCGUGCGCCCCUCGAUUUCCGGAGCCCCCGCGCACUGGAGCUGAGGUAUCUCUCCCCCCGGCAGCCUGGACUGGGAAAGCUGCAGACCCCCAGCCCCCCCUCCCUUCCGCGCCCCCCCCGCUGCCCGGUCCACCCACUUUUCCAGCUGGCGCCCCGUCACUGUUCCAACGGUGUUUUAGCAGAAGACUUCAGUUUUUAAACAUGGUUUACAGCUAUUUAAGAACUUUAUACCGGAGAAUCCUGUUAUGUAGAUUGACGGUCUCUUCUGAGGACAAGUUAUCCCGUCUUUCUCUCUUCUGGGAGCGACGCCGUGAGUUAGUCACAGUGGAGGCGGGGUAGCAUAAUAGGCCGCUGCGAAAGGGAUGGCUAUCGUUUUAUGCGAUUUUACGUUUUUUUAGGAGUGAUUCUGUUCUAUUGCAAUCAAAAAGGUCGGUCCCUUCUUCUCAGACUGAUUUUUUUUUUUUGUUUUUCCUCUGGGGACUAAGGUUGUUUUGUUUUUGGUUUUUUUGCACACGGAAAACCUCCCACCUGUCUUUGUUUUUAAGAAAAGCGAGCCGAUAUCCGUCUUGCAGAGCUGGAAGAUCUGGAAAAUAGAGGUGGAUAAUUUAUCGAUGAAGGGAGCUCCACCAUCUCUGUAGCCCAUUGCUGUCCUUCUCUAAUGCCUUCCUGUUGGACUUUAAACCCCGAGUUCGAGAGUACUUCCCCCACGAGUGACCUGUUUAACUGUACCACUGGGCUUCUGCUUCAUCUCUUAGCUUGAAGGGCUUUGAUGGAUUCUUCAACUCCGUAGCCUUAAUGCAGAAGUGACAGCUCUGGCAACCAGACUGGAGCUUCGCGCAGAGGUGGUUAAAACUGUGCAACUGUGCUCCUGGGCUGAGCAGCCACGCUUCCAAUGCCAAAGGCUUUGGGUUGGGAUCUGGCCCGCUGGAUGAAGGCCACAAUUGCGUUGCUUUUAUAUCCGGUUCUAUAUUUUGUGUGAUGGGUACUUUAGCCUGUUUUUUUUUUGUUUUUUUUCCGGGAAGGUGGGUAACCCCCAGAUGACAAUAACCGGCUUCACCAAAAAAUGGUCCUGAUUAACCAGCCCGGCAUUGCUACGGUACAGCUGAUCACGGCAUCCUGUCCUUAGCCUUUCUCUUGUAUGGGAAGGCCUGGCUUAGUGUUUUUUGUAAAAACUUAAUUGGAUUCCUUUACGCGGUGAAAGGGUCCCAGAGUGAGUGUAUUUGGAGCCAUCCGGUAGCGAGCCUCCUUCUGAGACAUUGUUCAGCCUCAUAUCAUAGCAGUCGCAGCUUCGGUUAAGCGGACACAUGCCUGUGCAUGUUUGUAGGCAGGCUUCGUCUGCAGACAGCAGUCCAUUGCUUCUUUGAGUUGAUGAGCACUUUUUACAUCGCAAGCAAAAGGCUUCCUCCCCGCUUGGAAGGAGGGCCACAGUGCUUGUUCAGAUACGUCGGUUGUAAAAUGAGUCCUCCGAUCAUGGAUGGCUGGGUUUGGAAUCGAGUGAUCGGGGACAUGCUGUGUCUGAUGGGUGUUGCGCCAGAUCCACAGUGUGAUUAAUUUAUCUGUUAUCAAUAGCCACGGAAAGGCGGCUUCGCUUGCGACAGCGCACUGUGGAAGGGGGAACAGGUUCCGUGAAGAUGACUGCAGUUCGUUCACAAAGAUAUUCAGUGUCAUUCUGAGAGUGCGUGGAUGGGCUGAGUCACAUCAGCAUCAAGAUGUGCGCACACAGUUUGCACAUGUCUUGUGUGCUCUUACCCCACAGAAAUGGGAUCAUUUUCACCCUUGGCAAUGCCCGGUUUUAACCUGAUGCGUUCAUACAAUUGUUAGAAUGCCUAAAACGGAGUUCUGGUCUUCUGAAUAUACGUACAUACCUAUAGUCACGUGUGAAAAUCUAAAAUGCCUUCUGUUAUGUGAAGACGACGACAUCAGACUUCUAAAAAUCACAUGAUUUGCCCAUUAUUCGCUGCUCUGCUACCGUUUUUCGUCCCUCAGUUUUAAAUUCGUUGCACGACCAACUUAUUAUACAAGUCGGGCCGAAGGGAAAAACAAAACGCUUUGCUGAUUUCCAGUGGGCGAGGUUGUGUGACAAUCGACAAGACUCCAACGUGUUAGAUUACAUUUGUCCGACUGCUGUAACUAAGCAUCUCUCGACUGAAAAAAAUGACAGCUGUAAAAAAUAUCUUGAAACAUUUCUCACUUUUUUGCUGCUUUCCUCUCUACAUUUCACUUGUUCUGUCACUGCAGAAAUGGAUUUUCCCUUUUUACUUCAUAGACAGAAAUUAAAGUGCUUUGUAGCUGCUUGACGUUAUAGCUUUUGCAAUAUUGUAAUUUAAUAUAUCAUCUGUUGUACAUUUUAUUGAAGAUGGUCUGUGGACUGCCACUUAACUCUGUUAAGGUUGUUAUACCACCCAAGCUAACUAACCACAUUGAUCUUUUGGAAUGUCUUCUCCAGAAUGACUGGUAGGAUUGGCAUGGAGGGAGGGGAAAAUAUUAUCUUAAUGAUCCCUUGAUGUCUGGGUACCAUGCAGUCCCAUCUGUGGGACUUGGUGUGCUUGUCCCUCCCCCAGGUGAUGUGGGUGUUGAAGCGAAUACAGACUGUUCCUCUCUUCAUUACUCAACUUUCUCUUUUCCUGAGAGCCAUGUGCAGCUUUUUUGUCUUAACGUUUCAAAAGAGGUGACUGGUUAUUCAUGUAGGUGUUUUAUUUAGGGCGGCAUCGUGGCGCAGCUGUAGUAUCGCUGCCUCUCAGCGCUGGGGUCCUGGGUUCAGUUCCUGGGGUUGCUGUCUGUGUUGAGUUUGUACAUUUUUCAAUGGGGAUUUCCGUGGGGAUUUCCUCUAGGUGCUCCGGUUUCUGUAGUCUCGAAGGCUUUUGCACAAUCAGGAUAUUGUCUGUAAACCGCAGAACUAGACACUGGGGUAGGGCGAUACAAAAAGUUCUGCAAUUGAAAAUUCAAGAUCUAAACGUUUGAACUCCUUGCAAUGGUAUUUAGGACUGCUGAUUGUAGUACGCUAGUUUCGCUGGGUCUUAAUGGAGUUCACCUUGUGUCAGGCUCAAUACGUGAGGUCUGCGUGCGCACUCAGUACUGGUGAACGAUAAACCUCUAGGCAUUUUUGUUUCCUUUCUAUCCAUUUAGUAAGGCGAAGCUUCACAAAUCUCAACACUUUACUAUUGCCCAUCUCCCGGCUCCUUCAGGCUCCUUGGCCCUCAGAAUGAACACUCUCCAGUGUUUAGGUGAGAAUUGGGAGCAGAAGGUGCAAUGGAUCGUGGGUAUUGAUUAGCUUUGUCUAAGGGCGAUGCUGCAGACGGAGCCCAGGAUUCUCAUUUCACCUUUUCGCAGAUAUCAGUCGGCUUGCACUUGACUUCGCUCGUUUCCUAUUUCAAGGGUCGAAGGCCACCAGAACCUUUUUAAAAUGCUGUAGGAAACAGACUUGUGUGAAUGACUUUGCAAAUGCAGUCCUUCCAAAGUGUGCACAGGAUGUGGGUCUGGUCAGCUCGGUAUAUAAAAGGUAGAUAUGUUCUGUCACGCAGAGGAAAUUCAGUUUUUGUGAACAAGGCACAUGUGACAGCCAGCUGUCCGUGUGUUGCGAUUUGUUUGCAGCCGGAAAUAUCAAAAUUACUUUUAUCCAUUAUGGAUUACUGUAUAUCUGAUCAUCGUGAUUACAGGUUAUAUAAUAAAGCAAGAAAUUUCCUGGUCUGAUGGUCUAGUAUUAUUAUACUUGUUAUACUAUACUGAAUGAUUCUAGAAAAUCUAGGCUUAUUUGACAAAAACACCACUCAGAACAUGGCUACAUUCAGAUCUGUGAUCUUUCAAAUAUUAUUUUUGGGUAAUACGUUUUGCCAUUAAUCAUUCACUAUUUCUGUUUAGAGCGCAUUUCCAAGAUUAUGAGUUGACUUUUUAUUUUGGUUCAAUAUUGUGGUUCCAUUUCAACAGGUAGGCGUUGUCUUGAAGUUCAUGUUGUAUCUUAGCCCCUUGUCUUUAAAUAAUAGCUUAUGAAGUUAACACAAUUAGAAAAACAAACAGAACCAGAGCAGCUGCUUUAGCUAAGGGUGUUGGGUUUGCUUUCAAAUAUAAAUUUAAAAAAAUCUCAAUCAUAAUUGAAAAUAAUAUAGACGGUCACACCCUGUCUACCUUUGUAUUUAUAAAAUACAUUCCGUAUGAUGAUCAAUAUAUGAUCAGUACUGUACAUAAGAGGAAAUUAUAAAUCAUUGGAUGUAUAGGAGCGAUAGCAGUAUUUAUAUCAGUAUUUAACCCACCUUCAUGGAAGGAUUUAUCUCAAACUAAGCACAAGUUUAGACUUUUUUUUUACGUCUGAACAUUGCUGCUUGCAUCUCUAACAGACUGUGCUAAAUGAUAUAUUAGUAUGUAAUGAACCAAAAAACACUGCUCCGGCUGGAAUGAAUUCAUGUAGGAGUUUUAACCUUAAGCACUGGUUCAAUCAAGGGUAGGUGUAAUGUUAAAACAUGGCAUUUCGAGUUGACUUUCUUUUUUUUUUUUUUUUAAA